ACCUGCCAUUAGAGACCCAUUUGAUUAUUUGUACGAAGAGUUUGAGAGAGUUGUUAAAAUAACGAAAUAUUAAAAAUACAAUAUUUGCUGUAAAAGGCGACAUAUCAGUUAAAAAUGGGAUUGCCUACGUUCUUUGGCUGCUUGUUUAUAACUUUUGGACCGGCUUUUGCAUGGUUUAUAUUUACUGUGACAGAUAGUCCUGUUCGGGUACUUAUAAUGGUGGUAGGCGCCAGUUUGUGGCUGGUCUCCGUCUUGCUGUCCUCUUUAAUGUGGUAUGCCCUAAUAUCCCUCUGCGACGGCUCUGAUCCAAACCUGCAGUCGCAGCUUCUGGCCACUGGGGCGGUAGUAGCUGUACUUAUUCAAGAGGCAUUUAGAGCAGCUUCGUACAAGCUACUAAGAUUUUUUUCUCGCAAGACGACCAACGCAGCCCUUGAUAGUUUUGUUGCGAAAGGUGGACCUCCCCCUUCUCUGCUACGAAAUGCCUUUGUCAUUGGUCUGGCCUUCGGCCUAAUGAGCUCAACCUUCUCCUUUGCCAACAUCCUGUCCCUGUCGUUGGGGCCGGGCGUCGUGGGUAUUCACGGGGAGUCGUCUCACUUCUUCAUUACCUCUGCUCUGCAGUCCAUGGUGCAGUCCUGCCUGCACGUGUGCUGGUCGGUGCUGCUCUUCUCGGCCUGCGAGCGGGCCAGCUGGUCCAGGGCUGCUGCCGUGGUGCUGACCCACCUGCUGAGCUGUGCACUGUCUUUCCUGAACCCUCGCUAUUACCUAAGCCUGCUGCUGCAGAGUGUCCUGGCGGUUGGCGUGGUGACAUGGGCGUGGCUGGAGGCUGGAGGGCGUGGGUGCCCAGGUUGGCUGGGUGUCGGAGCCCGGCCAUUAAUGAAGGAGGAAGUGGUUCAUUAUUCUGCUUUACGGAGUCCAGUGGAGCAGUGAUGGAAUACCCCUCUGUCUGGAGCACAACAGAGGCAGCGCUGAGAUGCAGUGCAUUUGCAUUUGAGUGCAAUUCUCUUGCUUCCUUAUAAAUUCAUUUGUACUUGCAAGGUCAAUAGACAAACACUUUUUUGUGGUUUAUGAAAUCAUACUGUACUCAUAAUUAUUACAAUGUUUUCUUUAUACAGGCACUAACAUUUAUCACUGUAUGUAUUACUAUUGCAAUUUAAUGGACGUAUGUUACAAUGACGCAGAGAAAUUGGAAUACAGAACAAUACUACUGAUUCUGACCUUCCUUAUCACCUCUGGCAGCACAGUGUGCCUGUUGGUUUUCAAAGCAUCUUAGCACCAAGUGGUUCAUUUAACCCGUUGAUUGGAUAAGGAAUAUGCGCUCUUUGUUCUCAAAGCCUUAACUGGCUUUUGACUGAAAGGAAACUGCAAAUGCCAGUGCAGCGCCAAGGCCGCCCCUGUUAUAGCAGGUCAAAGUCCACUGUUGUGUAAUAUCAUGCUUUUUGGUUGGCUACUUUGUGCUGCUGUCUCAUAGGAUGCCCCAGGAAACCAGAGCAGUUGAGUUGACUUAAUUGGUUUACUCCGUAUUUUUGCUCCUUUAAAGAUUACAUAAUCUUUAAUGAUAGUGCCUGGGUUGUAACGAAACAUCUUCCGGUUUAAUACUGCCUUUGUAUCCCUAAAUGAGGUAGGUAACCUGAAUUCUGUCCAUGAAUGUUGACAAUGAAAAUUGAUAAGUAAUGUAUAGGCUAUUUGACAUGCUCUUAAGGGUGUGUGCCAAACAUGAUGGAUAUGCAAAUUUGCAUGUCAAUGCUACUGAUUUUUCUUUAUACCUGAUAGCUAAUAUUAAUGCCACAGGUUCCACUCACCUGAUGGCCCAAGUAUAAAUCGAUCCCUAGAGGAAGAAUGACACCCAGCAGUGUUACCCGAGUUCUAGAUUUUGGCCUCACUACAUUAUAACAGGAAUAUGAUGGCAGCAAGUUAUAUGUUGGGAAUGUGAGCGCUUCACAACUGAUGCAAAGCUGAAGUACAGUUGACUACCUUGCCAUCAUAAGGCAAAUGUUUUGUUUUUUUAAAUAGACUGUUUGGCACAUACAUGCUUUCUUUUGGUCCAAUGUUAAGGGCAAUAUAUAUUACUGGAUUGUAUUAUCAAAGCUGAUAAAAUGGCAGAUAAGCUCUGACUGACAUUAAUAGGAUAUGCAGUUCGAGAAUUUGUUGUGAAGUUCUGUCACACAGAGUCCAUGGAUGGAAUGACAGAACCCAAAGAGACAAAUAACACAUUGGCACACAAGGUUGCGUUUUUGAAAAUGCCAAUGGUUUAUAGAAUAUGC